AUGGAGGCCGUGCACGAUGCCCUAAUGGCCAUUUAUGAGGAUAAAACUCUAACAGGACCUAUAGGUAAUACAACAAAAAUUGAAGCUCAAGGAUUUGCUAAGAAAUUGGCCAAUUACAAAUUCAUUGUUUCUCUUAUUGUGUGGUAUACUAUUUUAAAUCAAAUAAACGUGACCAGUAAAUUACUACAAUCCCAAAAAAUUGACUUAUCUGAAGCUACAGCUCAUUUAGAAAAGACUAGAACAUUUUUAGAAAACCUUCGAAGUGAUCAAGAAUUUGACAAAAUAUUAUCAGAAGCAAUGGAAAUUUGCGAUGAAUUAAAUAUUCUAGCCUUAUUUCAAUUAGAGUCUCAACCAAUCCGUUUGAGAAAAAAGAAAACGCAAUUUUCCUACGAGACUGAGGAUGAGCCUAUACAAGACGCAAAGCAACAUUUUAAAUUUAAUUUUUAUUUUGCAAUUCUCGACACUGCGAUAUCAUCGGUAACUGAAAGAUUUACUCAGACAAAUCAAAUAUCAUCAAUUUUCGGGUUUUUAUACCCAUGA